AUGAUGUUUGCAUUCGCGAUGCUCUCUACAUCUCGCUUAGCAGGAGACCUCAAGCAAGGUCUUCGCAGGAGACCUCUUAUCAAGUAUCCAACAGGUUUUGUUCCAGGACCAUUCCUCAGACCAACUUGGAAGAACGCAGAAGAACAAGAAGAUCCAGAUAACUUUAUUCCACUUGCUCCAAUUGCAGUUUGGCUCGCUCAGCAGGCAGCAAUAGGUGCUGGAUCACAUUUUUUGCUUAAAGGAGGAAAGAUGAUAUAUGACCGUCUCCGCCAUCAGGAAGCAGAAUCAAAUUAUGUUCCACCGUUAUUUAAUGCAGAAGAACAAGAAGAUCAAGAUAACUGCGUGGGAAUUAUUUUAAGAUUUGUAGCAGGACAACUUCUACAAGGAGCUGCUAAAGGCGUAUUUAAGCAUUAUUUCCAUCAGGAAGCCGAGUCAAAUUACGUUCCACCCUCAUUUAAUGCAGAAGAACAAGAAGAUCAAGAGAAUAUCUGGCCACUUGUUGCUAGAAUUGUAGGAGGUGCUGCAUUACAAUGGAUUUUAAGCCGUCAAGAAGCCGAAUCAAAUUACGUUCCACCCUCAUUUAAUGCAGAAGAACAACAAGAUCAAGAUAACAUUAUAGGAGCGAUUGUAAAUUGGGCUAUAAAACAAGGUAUACAGAAAGCUGGAGAUGCAAUUUCGCAGUAUAUUUUAUCCCAUCAGGAAGCCGAGUCAAAUGGUGGUAUGCCAGAAUGCAUAAGAGAGAUUUACUCCAGACCACAACCACGUUUUGGACCAUCAAUUAAAAUAAUGAGACCACCAGUAUUCAAACUCAAGAAAUGA